UGAUUUUUGAACAAAAGUGUUUUUUCCCAUGACAGUAUCCCUUCAAAAAGGUAGCUAUUCCUUCCUUCUCUUUUCUAGGAAGGUUUGGUACUGUCAUUGCACAGAAAGCCUGAAGCCACAUAGCCCCGGCUGGCUGCUGAGGAGGUUGAACGUGCCUGUGUGUGUGUGUGUGUGUGUGUGUGUGUGUGUCAGUGUAUCAGGGAUGCUUCUUGUCUUCCCAGGAGAUAACAAAAUCUCUCACAUCCAAGGAUGCUGCACUUGAAAGUACAAUUUCUUGAUGAUUCUCAGAAAACCUUUGUUGUAGAUCAAAAAGCUCCUGGUAAAGAACUGUUUAACAUGAGUUGCAGUCAUCUUAAUCUAACAGAAAAAGAAUACUUUGGUCUGGAAUUCAGAAAUCAUAUAGGAUGCCAAAUGUGGCUUGGACUUUUAAAACCCAUUACAAAACAGGUUAAAAACCCUAAAGAGACAAUUUUCAAAUUUAUGGUGAAGUUCUUUCUAGUGGAUCCUGGCUUGCUGAGGGGGGAGCUGACAAGGUAUCUCUUUGCUCUGCAAGUAAAAAAGGACUUGGCAUCUGGAAGAUUACCUUGCAAUGAUAACAGUGCCGCUUUGAUGGCUUCUUAUGUGCUGCAAUCUGAAUUGGGGGAUUACGAUGAAGACACAGCCAGAAAGCAUCUGGAACAGAAUCAGUAUUUACCCAAUCAGGAAUAUUUAGAUAACAAGAUCCUGAAAUAUUACCAGCGCCAUGUGGGAAAGUCUCCAGCUGAGUCUGACAUGCAGUUGCUGGACAUAGCACGAAAGUUGGACACGUAUGGAAUCAGGCUGCACGCAGCCAGUGAUGGAGAGGACAUGCAGAUCAAUCUAGCAGUUGCACAUAUGGGAGUCCUUGUAUUGCGGGGUAACACCAAGAUUAAUACAUUCAACUGGGCGAACAUCAGGAAGCUGAGUUUCAAGAGGAAACAUUUCCUUAUCAAGCUUCACCCUCAUAUUGACACUUUGUGCAAGGACACCCUUGUGUUCACAAUGGAGAGUCGUGAUACAUGUAAAGCCUUCUGGAAGACCUGCGUCGAGUACCAUGCCUUUUUUCGUCUCUCUGAGGAACCCAAACGUAAGCCAACGCCAUUUUUGUGUAGCAAAGGCUCCAACUUCAGGUACAGUGGAAGAACACAAAAGCAAAUUUUUGACUCUUGGACAAAGGGAAAUACAAAGAACUUGCCGUUUGAAAGAAGGCACUUACAAGCAAAUCUACAUGAGAGGCAAUGCAGAUCAUCUCCCGACCUUCUUACUGAGGUGGCCAGACAGCCAAAUGACUUCAAGUUGAUAUACACCAGCCGGCCAUGCUCCAGAAGUGCCAAUAGUGUUGGAUGGGACCCACAGAUGCAUAAGAACAGGAGGAACUCAGCAACUGAAAUCAUUUAUUCUGCAGAAUUAGAAAGGUUGAAACCCAAUGAAGAACCCACCAUUCUGCAGAUAUCCAAAAGCAGCAGUUCAUUUCCUGGUUGUAGCUAUCUAGAGAUGAAGGAGGAUGCACCUAGGACAGGUUACAAGAAAAGGCCAUUAUCUUAUUAUGAUGACAGUACCCAUUUUUCUGGAAACUUCAAAAGUAUGUCCGAAGGCUGCAUGAAGGAAGCAGCUCCUUUGCCUCCAGCAAUAUACGCAGAUCGGGUCCCAAUACCACAUUCAAGUCAUCAGCUGAACAGAGAUUCUGUAGAUGUUUUAUGUUAUUCAGAUUAUUUGUCUUCGAUACCACAGCAAACAUCAGCCAUUGUGGAUGAAAUUGUAAGAUUAGCUAAUAAACCAAGCACUUUCUUAGAAAUGUCUGCUAACAGAAGUCCAAGUUCUAGAAGAAUAAAAGAGUAUCACCAACCUGUAUAUCCCAGGACAAGUUGCAGGAGUAGUAUGGUUCCCAAAAGAGAAAGCCAAGGAAUACGUGUAGAACACACUCAGGAUCCAUAUCCCAAAAGAUCCUUGAGUCACUCCGAUAUGAAAUCUUCAUGGCUUCCUUAUGCCUCGGAAUUCAGGCCAUUGGGGCCAUGUCCGAUACUAAGUAGAAAAUCAAGCAUCGCGACAAAGCAAUUAGUACCACAGUACCUUCCUAUAUCUCAUCAUCUUCCUCCUCCACCACCACCACCUGCUCCCCCUCUUCCUUUGACUGAUGCAAAGCCAAGGACCACAGAGAGAUAUGUUUACAGUGGGACUGAAAGCAGCGAUUCAGAAACGGAAAUAAUUAACCCUUAUUACUAUGCUCUUUUUGGGAAACAUAGGUCACCCCUGACAAGAGUUAGACUCUCUUCUGGAAGUCUACAGUUAGACGACGAUGAAGAUAAUAUGCUAAAUUUGCAUAGCAGAGAGAACAGAAAAGCAACCUAGCAACCGUUUUAAGGCCAGGACUUUUGAAAUGAUGAAAUGGAAAACAUUAACACGUCAUUAUUUGCUGUUAAAUGAGAAUAUGUUAUAGCAUGUAAGGAUACACAUGGACAACCCUUGACAAAAUUAGCUUUACAUGUCUUGUAAUACAGUUGCUUCAAGCUAAUUCUUCCCUCUAGCGCUUCCCUUUUGCCCCCAAUCUUUUCUUUUAGGUAUAGAACAGUCAUAUUACUUUUUCCUUUUAAAAUAUGAUUUAGUAACCGAAUAUGUGUUAUGAAUGUCCCAAACCCAAAGCAAACCCCAAAGACCCGGGCACGGCUCACUCUUCUGCCUUUAGCAACCACCUUUGGCUGUGGGGGAGCCCUCUGCUACUCGGGUGCCGCCAGGUCUUAAUAUGAGAGGACCAGGGAGAGAGCUCUAGGCAGGCAAGGGAACUGAACGUGGUACUGGAGUGGAGAACUAGAAGCAUGGUCAAGGUACAGGCUGGGUCGUUCCCAAUCGGGCAGUGCAGUACAGAUUCAAUAGACAAAGCAGAGUCGAGGUCACAGGCCGGGUCAAUACCAAAACGCAGUACAAAAUCGGAAUCUGGAAGAAUAGUCAAGGGUUAAGCAAAAUUGGGGCAGACAGCAGACUGGACAGGCAGAGUCAAAACAGGACAGGAAUCACUAGAAAAAUACACCCAGGAAAUAACUAGACCUUUAAGUUGGGAUAUUAUUUUAACACAGAGAGCCCUUUAAAUAUCCAAAUUUUGCACCAACCGAUGACGUCACAUUCUGCACUUUUCGGAUAUAGGCGGAAAUAACCAAACGCACAACCCAGAAGAUUUGCACAUUUACACAACCGGUGCCGAAGGAGAUGGACGCAGUGGGCGUCCCAACCUCUAGACCACCAGGGUGAGUUAUUACAGUAUGAGAGCACUUUUUUAUUUCACAUCUAGUUUUCACAGCAUAAUUCGGGAUGCCAAACUCCCUAUACAAAAUACACAAACAGGGUGAGGGAAGAAGUUUAUGUUUGCUUGUUACAGGAUGCAAUCAUACAUUAAAAUACAACAUUAAAAGAUCAUUAAAGGGAUACUGUCAUGGGAAAAAAACAAUUUUUCA